AUGGGAUUUUUUCGAAGAAGUCAAUCGACAGUAGUUAAUUAUCAAUGUCCGCGGCAAAAAAAUUGCACAGUCGAUCGCGUCAACAGAAAUCGCUGCCAAUUCUGCAGACUUAAAAAAUGUCUUGAACUUGGAAUGAGCCGAGAUGCCGUAAAAUUUGGCCGAAUGAGCAAAAAACAACGCGAAAAAGUUGAAGAUGAAGUUCGAUUGCACAAACAAAUGGCUGAAGUGAAUGGUAUAUCGUAUAGUCCUUAUAAUAGUUAUUCACCUCCAAGCCAUGCAGUUUAUGCAAAUAGCUAUGAAUCAGUUUAUACAGCAUCUUACGCGAACACGGCUGGUUAUACGGCUGCUGCUGCCCCAGUAAGUUAUCCUUCAAUUCAAGGGCAAGGAUAUUCUAUCGCACAACAGGCAGCAGUGCCAGCACCUAAUGGUGGAUAUCCACGCACAAACAUAGGAUCUACACAACGUGAUGAUGAUCUCGUAACUAGUAUCACAACAGCUUUUGAAUCAGCACAUAAUACAAAUUUGAGGAGGGACAGAGGAAAUGCUCAUCCGAUUGAUAAUUUUACCGAACAAAGAUAUCGCAAUAUGGUUAAAUUUCUCUUGCUUUUUUAUUUAUUUUACAUUUUUUAA